UAACGUCAGAACCAAAUAAACCAGUACACCAGUGUAGGAGAUGCAUUACCCGCUGAAGAGCCUUUAAAGACGUUUAUUUUAUUAAUGCCAUCACCGGGGCUUACAUUGGAAAUACGGAGGGACGGUAACUGCCGGAGCUCGUGCAUACGGUAACUUUAUUCACGAUGAGCAGCAGCUCAGUUUCUGAUCAGCUGGUGGAAGUGAGGAGGAGGGCUGAGUCUAUCCUCUCCUCCUCAGGCUCAGCCCAGGAUGUGAGGGCUGAUGUCCAGACCAUGGCCAGCAUCCCCCUGCCUCUGUCAGAGAAGUACCGCCACUUUGGAGCUGAAGGCAUGCUGAGGGAGAACUCAGUGGGACGCAACAGGCAGGAGGUUCUUGAGUCUUUGGGAAGGCUUGUCAAGGCCUUGAGUGUCCUCGAGAAGUAUGGCUGUAACUUGACAAAUCCCAACAGGCCUAAAUACUGGAGGAACGUCAAACACAACAACCCCACCUUCAAAAGGACGGUGGAUGCUAUCAAGGGGGGACGUAGAGUGUUGUAUCUGUACGGUUACACCAAUCAGCAAAUCGACGGUCUCAGUUUUCCAGAUGAAGUUGCAGAACCAGACGCUGAUAAAGUGGCAGCAGUGACUCUGGAGGUCAUGAGCUUACGUGCAGAGGUGGACAUGCUAAUGCAGGGCACCCAUCCUCAGCCAGAAAACUUCAAAGAUAUCAUCCCUUUCAUCAUCCAGCAGGUUGUGGAUGACAAAGAAAAAGGCAAGCUGGUGGCUGACUCGGUGCCCUUCCUGCCUGGAGAGGAGAAGCAGCAGAGAGACAAUCUGCAGGUUCUCUCACCUUCACCUGUGCAGGUGAAGGUUCUCUCACCUUCACCUGCGCAGAGCAUCAUAGAACAACAACAACAGCAACAACAACAACAACCGCUGAUACCACCAACAGACUCUCCUGCAGUUGGUGAGUGCAAUUUGUGUGGUGGACCUUCUUCUCUGGUUUGCCCGUCUUGUAAUAGUCAGCCUUUCUGCGAUGCUUGUGAUGACUUUUUUCACCGCCAUCCUGCAAGAGCCAAUCACAAGAGGGACAAACUACAGAAAGCCAAACAAGAGACCUGUGUCAUCUGUGGAAUUUCCCCUAUUCACGCUCAGUGCUUCACCUGUUCUCAACGGCUUUGUCUGAACUGUGACAAGCUUUUCCACUCUCAUCCUGACCGCAAAGGACACAACAGAAACAUCCUCACACCAGCCAAAACAUCCAGCCCGUCACUGUCACCUUGGGAGUGCGCUCACUGCACCACAGUGAACGAGAUGCGUGCCGUCCUCUGCACAACCUGUGAACGACCUCGACUGGCAUCUGCCUCCAAUGUGCAGGAAAGCCUCACGUCAGUCCCAGCUUCUCCAAACACAGAGUGGCAGUGUAAAAGCUGCACAGUCGUCAAUCAGGGCAGCAGCAUCCUCUGUGAGGUGUGUGAGCGCCCCCGUCUGGCCACCCGCCCGUCUGUCACCCCAGUGCUCUCCAGUCUGGGACCUCUUUCUGACUCUGGAACAAAGUGGAUCUGUCUGUACUGUACUUUUGAAAACACAAAGCCCGCUCUGGUUUGUGAGAUGUGUAACCAGGCAUGUAAAGACUCGUCUGGAGUUUCUCUGCCUCAGUCCUUAAAGCAGAUCCCGACGACAGGAGCUAAAGAUCAACCCCAACCAGGGAUCAAACCCCAGCCAGGGAUCAAACCCCAACCAAAGCCCAGAGUCAACCUGGAGCUAAAGAGGCAGAAGAUGAUGAGGGACGACGGGCUAAGACUCAUCAACCAGAUCAGAGAAGCAGAAAAACGUGGCGUCAGUCCUGAGGAGGUGUACGCCGCCAUCUGCAUGUGCGGCGGAAGCAACACAAACCCCUGUGAUUGGCUGACAUCAGAGCUGCCUCACCUGCUGGAUGAAAUCUGCGCCAUGGCGGCUUCUGUCCAACUUAACUACAAAGGUGGAGAUGGCGUGGAGAGAGACGGAGGGGAGUCUGGCCUGAGCGUCACGGGUGGCAGUCUGAAGCUGUCCCGGGCCGAGGCCAAGCUGGCGUGGCUGGCUGCGGGAGGAGACACAGAGAAAGCUGUGAGACAGCUGCUGAGAGACAGACAGCUCAAGAUGAAGGAGCUUCAUUCCUUGGGCUUCAAAGACAAAUCCCAGUGUGAGGAGGCGCUACGUCAGAGUGGAGGAGAGGUGAAGGGUGCUCUGUCUUUGCUGCAGCGCCCCCUCCUGGAGCAAUUCCACCAGCGGAUCUGGACCGACCAGCCAGAGCCGCCGAUUGAUCCCAAAAACCCAGACAAACAGAGGAUGUGCAGACGUCUGCUGGCGCUGUACGACCUGCCCAGCUGGGGGCGCUGCGAGCUCGUUCUCGCCCUGCUGCAGGAGCCUGAGGUCACAUACUCUUUGGAGGACGUGGUGCAAGCAGCGAAAGAGUCCCCUGAUAAGGAUUUCAUCAGACGUCUCCUCAACAAUGAGUGUCCCUGCUGUCUGUGCAUCUUCCCUCGCAGCAAGAUGCAGUCUCUGACUUCUUGCCAGUGCUCUGUGUGCCAUGACUGCUUCAGGCAGCACUUCACCAUCGCUGUGAGAGACAAACACAUCAGAGACAUGGUGUGUCCCGUCUGCAGCGGGCCGGACAUUAACGACCCUGAACUGAUGAACAAUUACUUCUCUACGCUCGACAUACAGCUACGGAUUUGCCUGGAGCGGGAUGUCUAUGACCUCUUUCAUAAAAAGCUGACCGAGCAGGCUCUGAUGAAAGACCCAAAGUUCCUGUGGUGUUACCAUUGCACCUAUGGCUUCAUCAAUGAAGGAGACCAGCUAAAGGUCACAUGUAUCUCCUGCCAGAAGAGUUUCUGUGCUCAGUGUAAGAAGCCUUGGGAGGCCCAGCAUCAGGAUCUGUCCUGUGAGCAGUUUCAGCAGUGGAAACGAGACAAUGAUCCUGAGUAUCAGCGGCAGGGCCUGGCCGGGUAUCUGAGAGACAACGGCAUAACAUGUCCUCAAUGCAGGUUCCAGUACGCUCUGGCUAAAGGCGGCUGCAUGCACUUCACCUGCUCUCAGUGCAGAUAUCAGUUCUGCAGCGGCUGCAACAACCCGUACCACCAGGCUGCUUGUAAAACUCCUCAGUGCACCUUCCCUGGUCUGCAUGCUCAUCACCCCAGAGACUGUCUUUUCUAUCUAAGAGAUUGGGAGCCGCCCAGACUACAGGCACUACUGCAGAGGAGCAACGUGGAGUUCAACACGGAGCCUUCAGACGGAGCUGAAACUGAUGCCUGCUGUGUGAUGGAGCAGAAAGAUGAAGACGGUCUGCCGAGCGACUCUCCGUGUGGCACCCAAACACAGCCGGGACAGGCUGGACUCUGCGAAAAGCACUACAGGGAGUACCUGGUGAGUCUGAUCAACGCUCACUCUCUAGACCCGGCUCUCAUCUAUGAUCUCCAGGAGCUGACCCGAGCCUGCGAGAGGCACCAGUUGGACAAGCAGAGAGGAGAGAACGAGGACGAUAAUGCCUACCAAGCCCGACUACUCAAGAAAGUGAUGGAGAUUCCUCUUGGAGAAAAAGUUCCUCGAAAAAAAUGAAGAAAUGACGUGAAAUCUGGAGAACAAUCAUCCAACGUGCAUUAAAGCUGGAUUUUUAAAAAGCACUUAAACCUCAUGAAUGUUUAAAGGACAAUGCUGACUAAACUCCUCACUGACAGCAGUGUGAAAAAACAGUGAAUUAUACGAUUCUGUGUCCAUGUAUCUUUUAAUAUUUUAUUUUCUUUGUUCAUGAAGAGAAUGAAUCUGCUUUCUCCUGUUUGAUUUUCAUCUCAUUUUUGAAAACGUUAAAGCUUUACCUCCUCUGUUUUUAGGUCACAGUGAAUCAGAACCUCUUUAAAAGAAUUUAUAUUUGGUAUGAAGUCUCUCCUGUACAAAUCCAACCAUUAAUUGGUUUAUUUUUCCACCUGAAGGCAAAAAUGUGUUCAAAUUAUCCAUCACAGAAUUUAACCAUGACUAAUAUAUACGAAAAGAUGCAUAGAAAUCAAACACAAUUAUGAGGAAAAAAUAUUUUUAUCAAAAACAGUGUAGAUGUGCUUCUGCCUGGGUUUCUGAUUGAUUUUGAUUUAUAUAUGAUGAAUGAAAUAAAUCUAAUAAAUGUCUAU